UUUGGGAUUUCACUGUCGGUUAUCAGCUACAUUGAUCAAAUCUAAUCGAAUCGAACCAGCUUUUCAUUACCUCCUACAUAAAACGAAAUUAUCAUGCCUUCCGUCAAGAACCCCAAUGGACCGUCCAAGAACCGCCUGAUGGCACGCGCUGCCAAAGCUCGGCAACAAGGUCAAAAGCGCAGCGCUGCCGGCCUGAACGAGAAGACACAUAGAAUCAGUAAGGCAGAUGCGACACGCGGCGCAAAGCCAGGACUUUUACCCACAAGCGGCCCGAAUCGGGCUCUCAGCUCAAAGGCGAGGCGCAAGCUUGACCGCAAGCUAGGGUAUGCCAUGCAGCGGAAGAUGAAGGCAGAGGGCGAGGUCGAGAUGAAAGAUGUUGAUACGUCCGAAGAGAAGACGAGUAAGGCUACGACUAAUGAAGAGAUGGCUGUUGAUACGGACAGUAUCUCAUGAACGCUCGGUGGUGAUUGACGUACGUUUGAAUGGGCGCAUCAGCCACCAGACAUGCCCGCCAAACUACCUAGUACUAGGUAAAUAGGUACUUGCUGGCUUGAGCAUAUGAAGCCACGCUUGGCUCGAAUUAAUGACUGGAAAGUCAACUAGCCUUGUGCGCCUGACGGAAACAAAGAUGCAAUGCUCAUUCGUUAUGGCGUUACUCGUACAACGCCUCAGACGCUUGCACCUAUACAUACGCGCAGAGCAUGGACUUGACGACACAUGAUCUCCCCCAUCUUGGCCUGGCAAGAAUGGAUAAGCAGUCGCCAGAACGCCCCGAACCUACGACUGAGCAAUCAAAUGACGGGUUAUAGCGAUUAGUUGGGAGUAAUCUGGCCGUGGAUUGGAGUUGAGAUCAAAUGAGGCGCCAGGGGUUCGCAUUUGGGCCUGCAAUGCUAUGGACGAUGGGCAAAGGCGAGCUGCGCCUGGUCUCAUAGAACUCCGAACAUUGAACCUAUUAAGCUCCUUAACAAUAAAUCUAAACAACAACCAACUUAUCAUGUCUAAUGGCCGUAUAAUCAUACAGCGUUCUAGAAGAAGUCUCCACGUUAAUUGUUGGCAUUCUUAAAAUUACAUAAGUUGUGAUAGAGGUGCUAAAAAGAUC